UCUUAUCGCAGCUUUCUUCUUGGAGGUCGAAGCGACUUACUUAUCCACCGGUUGGCAGUCUCAACAGCCGCGACGCAUUAUUUACAUGCAAGUUUAUGAUAUGCAAUCCAAUUCAAGACUAGAAUUACACAUCGUCCGGUAUCUCCCUCGACACAACUCGGAUAUCUCAUGAUGUCAAGUCCGCCAUCGAUUUUGAAAAUAGGAGGAUAUAAGAGGCAUGCACCAUAUAAAUCUUCCGCGCUUCCAGGAAGCCUGGAGGACAUCACAAGGGUCUUGAAGAAGGAGAAGAAGAUCUUGGACAAGAAGAUAGCGACUGUGGUCCAGAGAGCAAUCGAAAUCUGUCUGUCGAUCGAGGAACACUCUUUCGAGAGUACAUAUCGAUCCGAGGUGACUGGCGGACGAAAAGCUUCUGAAAUUGGAAUACAAUCAAUGAACCAUGGCCGAAAACCUCCCUCCUGUUACGGGAGGGAGUGAUUUCCUGCAUAGAAUCCAUUCUGCAAUAUUUUCUGGCACCUGGAUCCGGACUCGCAUUCAUAAAGCUUCAGUCUUUGACUCUUGGAGCAACAUAGUUCACACUUGAUCACACAAGCGAUUGGCUGUCCAAAGACUGUAACGUGGGUACACUUGAUUCCAUGUCGAAAUAGACACCGAUUAACUUUCCCUUGAAUGGAUGAACAUCAUCUGUCAUGCAUGUUCUCCACGUGAUCGGAUCGUGGUGUGUGCACAGAGGUGGGAGACAACACAAAUCGUUAUCAAAUCGAGAAUGGGCAUCGUACACUUCCCUCAGGCUGUCUAGCAGCGAUCUACUUCGUCACUAAACGCUUAACGUUGUUAGUUCAAUGCUCGCCUCUGAUGAUGGGACGUAGGUUGCUAAAUACAUUAUCAUUGUGUAGGGUAGGAAUGGAAGCGAUUUAUAUGGCUCCAGAUUUGGCUCUUUGACCUUGCCCCUGAUUCCUCGCCAUGGUUCCCAGCUGGUGUCUUCCCUGGACUUUGUCACAUUCAAAGUAGAUCAUUUCAAUCGAUUUAUACAAACGAAAAAUACUGAAGAUCCUGUAUCAGCGAUUAGUUAAUAUCUACGAAAUAUCCAG